UGCCUUCCUUCCUGUGCUGGGGAUAGAACCCAGGGCCUUGACACUGAACUGCAUCCCCAGGCCUUUUGAGAGUUUUUUGCCCCCCUUAAAUGCACAGCUGGGCCUCACAUGUGCAGUCCUCCUGCCUCAGCCUGCCACAUUGCUGAGAUUACAGGCGUGCAGCAUCAUGCCUGGUGAGCAGGGACUCCUGCUGUCACUGAAUGGAUGACAGGCACUUGGUUUGUAGAUUCCCUGGAAAGAAGAUAAAGGAGUUCGUGUGUGAUUAUUCCUUCGGGCAGGGUGACGGAGACACAGGCCUGCUAUGCUUAAGAAGAGCUGGAGGAAGGGUUAGGGAUUUAGCUCCAUGGCACCACACCUGCCUGGAAUAAUUUACGACGUCAUCGUGGAGCCGCCGAGCGUGGGCUCCGUGACCGACGAGCACGGGCACCAGCGGCCGGUAGCCUUCUUGGCGUACAGAGUGAACGGACAGUACAUCAUGGAGGGCCUGGCCUCCAGCUUCCUGUUCACCAUGGGCGGCCUGGGCUUCAUCAUCCUGGACCGAUCCAACGCGCCGAACAUCCCAAAGCUUAACAGAUUCCUCCUUCUGUUCAUCGGCUUUGUCUGUGUCCUGCUGAGUUUCUUCAUGGCCAGAGUAUUCAUGAGGAUGAAGCUGCCGGGCUACCUGAUGGGCUAGUGUGCCUUGGAGAAGUCACCGCAUUGGCUCCCGUCGCUGAAGUGUUAAAGGCCGUACCAGUCCUGGGCUGUGAAAUGUGGGAAAAAAGGAAGAACAGCAAUAAAAAAAUACCCAGUGGAAACAUGGGAGGCAUUGGAAGCUCGGACUGGAGUUUUUGAUAUCAGAAACAAGUUUAUCACAUUUUUUUUUCCAGCUGCCCUAGUCUGAUGUGUGCUAAGUGCCGUUUUCUCCUUCAUUUUUCAUUUGUUAAAAAACAUACUCCACGUCUCAAACUGUCUCAUGAAUAAAGUGGUUUUUUUUUUA